GGCGGCGUUCUUUCGUAUUUUAUUAUUGCUAACCCUGUAACCUAGUAGCGCUGGUAGUACGCGUGUGCGGUGUGACGUAAUAGCGCCGGGACGGCAGUGCAGCGGCGGCAGUCUUCUCGUAUCAAGUGCACCAGUCUCAUCGGUCCGAUAUCACGGGUCCCGGUCACAGCCUGUGUGUGUUCUCUCUCUGCAUACAUUCUGCUGGAGCAAGCCGCGCGACACCGCACCGAGAAUAAAAUAAAACACUAGCAAACGAGUGACUUAGAUGGUGAAGUCGGCGGCGGCGUCAUUGUUGUUAAUUAUUUAAUCACACAUCUGUGCGGCACAGGGCAUGCACCAGCUUCAAGAUUAAAUUAAUCGUGUGGAGUGGACAAUUUCAAUGCCCAACAGCGGUGUGUUACCCAUUCCAAAUGAGAUAAACUACUCCGGCGCUUGCCAUUGAAACAAUAAAUAUCUUCAAGCAACAAUAAUCAUAAUAAGAUAUCUGUAAUAAACACACAGAGGAUUCAACAGGACUACCUAGGCAUCAUCAGUAUGCGCACACCACAUGGUCUACAAUCCUGUUGACAUUUAUUGUAUUAAUUGACAAAGCAAUGCGUGGUAGUCCGUGGACAGCCUGCGCGCUGAUCUGCUUCUUGUUACCUUCAUGCCUUCCAAAUCCACACCGGGGACGCCAUCAUCCCCAGCAGCAGCAGCAGCAGGAGCCACACGCGGAGGCAUACCAUAUGUCGCGGGACCCCUUCGACCCGCAUCGAGAUAGCGAGGAGUUCCGGCGAGAUGGGCCCGAAGAAGGCCGUCGGGAGGUAUCACGACGUGAUAGCACCGAAGAGGACCCGCUGGUGGUGCAGACGAAGAAGGGUAAGGUUCGUGGUACGACCAUUGCGGCAGCAACUGGUAAACUUGUCGACGCAUGGCUGGGUAUUCCAUACGCGCAGAAACCGGUUGGGAAUCUGCGCUUCCGGCAUCCGCGUCCAGUUGAAAAGUGGGAUCAUGUGUUGAAUGCUACCAAAAUGCCCAACUCGUGCGUGCAAAUCAUAGACACUGUGUUUGGUGACUUUCCGGGGGCGACAAUGUGGAACCCAAACACGCCGCUGAACGAGGACUGCCUGUACAUCAACGUGGUGGUACCAAAACCGCGCCCAAAGAGCGCCGCCGUUAUGCUGUGGGUGUUUGGCGGCGGGUUCUAUUCUGGUACUAAUACACUCGAUGUCUACGAUCAUAAUAUAUUGGUUUCUGAGGAGCACGUUAUUCUGGUGUCGAUGCAGUAUCGCGUUGCAUCGUUAGGCUUCCUCUACUUUGGCACCUCGGACGUGCCCGGUAAUGCGGGUCUCUUUGACCAGAUGAUGGCCAUCCAGUGGGUGCGUGACAACAUUGCCGCUUUCGGUGGUAACCCGAACAAUAUCACACUCUUUGGUGAAUCCGCCGGAGCUGCUUCUGUUUCCUUUCACCUGCUAUCACCACUAUCGCGUAACCUCUUCUCGCAGGCGAUUAUGGAGUCAGGAAGCGCGACAGCACCAUGGGCGGUGAUCUCCCGUGAAGAAAGUAUCCUUCGUGGGUUGCGAUUAGCUGAAGCAGUUGGUUGUCCACAUGAACGUGAAGAUUUACCAGCGGUUAUCUCAUGCCUACGUAAGAAGGACCCAAUUGAGUUGGUCAACAACGAGUGGGGAACCUUAGGAAUCUGUGAGUUCCCCUUUGUCCCUGUUAUUGAUGGGGCUUUUCUGGAUGAGCAUCCAGUGCGUGCGCUUGCUAACAAAAACUUCAAAAAGACCAAUAUUCUGAUGGGUUCCAACACCGAGGAAGGCUACUACUUCAUUAUCUAUUACUUGAUGGAGUUGUUUAAGAAGGAGGAGAAUGUGUUUGUCAAUCGGCCAGAGUUCCUACGCGCCGUCACCGAACUCAAUCCGUACUUCAAUGCGGUGGCGCGCCAAGCGAUCGUCUUCGAGUACACCAACUGGCUGAACCCGGAAGAUCCGCUGAGUAAUCGCGACGCGCUCGACAAGAUGGUCGGCGACUAUCAGUUCACGUGCAAUGUGAAUGAGUUCGCGCACAAGUACGCCGAAAAUGGCAACAAUGUCUACAUGUAUUACUUCAAGCAUCGCACCAUUGCCAAUCCGUGGCCCUCGUGGACGGGUGUCAUGCACGCCGACGAGAUCAACUACGUCUUCGGCGAGGCGCUCAAUCCGACCAAGAGCUACACCGCGCAGGAGGUUGAUCUCAGCCGGCGGAUUAUGAAAUACUGGGCCAAUUUCGCUAAAACUGGCAAUCCGAGUCUGUCGCCCAACGGCGUCUGGACUCCAACCAUAUGGCCUCUGCACACCGCCUACGGUCGGGAGUAUCUGACCCUUGAUGUUAAUUCCACAGCCACAGGUCAUGGUCCUAGACUCAAGCAGUGUGCCUUCUGGAAGAAAUACCUACCUCAAUUAACACAAAUCACAGCGGAACUAACAGCGCCAUCCAACAAGCCAUGCACGAGUUCAUCGAUGAAGAUGUCGCCGGCGCCCAGCACGGCGACCGCCGCCAUCAUGUUAUUAUUCAUAGUACACGCCAUAUUGCUGAACUUCCUACACUCGCCGUCGACUACGACCACGUUCCAAUCGCAGCCGCUUCAGCGAUUCGGCGCUAUCACACGAGCGUAGAUAUUCCAACAAAACUAUAUUACACACUCACACACAAACACACAAAACUUACCCACCAAGCAGCAAACACAACAAAUAACUUAUUAAAUAUAUUGGAAUCAGCUUCGAUGCUGCGCGGGGGACAUUUUUGCAAAAACAAAGAAAAAAAGCGAGCGAGAAAGCUAAUAAUACUAAAUAUAUACUUAACACUUAAACAUUAUAAAUAAACGAAUUGGUAUCAACAGCAAAAAUCAAUCGGACUGUUACCAUUUCGCCAUAUUGGCGAUGAAUGAUAACUAUUAAGAUAUAUAUAUAUGAAUAUAUAGGGAGUACUAAUUUAAAGAAGAUGAAGAAAAAAAAAACAUACAAAAACUUGAGAAUCGCUUUUCGCUACUUAUAGAGUCAAUGCUUGUUGUAAAAUAACACGGAAGACAACUUGACAACGUACCUAAUGAAUAAUAAGAAGAAAAAACUCUAUAAACAAAUAAGCUUAGGAGACACAGAAAAAAAACGACACAAAAACAGUGACGACGUGUGUGCGUGUGUGCAUAUACAUCCAAAAAAUGCUUCAUAACCUAAAAAUUACUCUACCCACACACACACACUCACACACAAACACUCUGUAUACAGACGAUGACGCAAUGUUUGUUAUUAUCACACACCAGGCCUAGAAAACAGGUGGCUGCAAUGCGAUUGGAAUUGUUCGAAUCGCACCCCUAUGUUUAAACGUCUCUAAAACAAAACAAAAAAAGAAGAUGAAAAUACAACUCAAUGAUGAUGCUAAUGGAAUUACUCAAACGCAAAUAUAACUCUUACAUUUAAAGGACCAUAUUAUACGCGGCAAACAAAAUUAAACUACAAUUAAAGAGGUUAUGUCAUCUGAAUAUACAAUAUACACACGAACCUAACCAAAGAAUAAUAUGGCUUACGAUUGGCUUUGAAACUGCAACCAAAAACACACACUAAUUAUAUUACGAUUCCCAAGUUUAUACAAAAGAAGAAGCGAAAAUGAAUUAAGAUAAUAAACAAAUUGAUAUAGCGAGCUCAUACGUGUCAUUUUGCACCACAUUUUUACCAUCUAGAUUUAUGACGUUUUGAUGAUUAAACAAAAUAUUAACAAAAAUUACCAGAUUUUAAGGGCCUAAUCUAUUGUCAGCUUAAACAAAACACUUGAUUUUGUUUGCUUGAGUCAAAGUAAUCCUCGCCUAAACGUAAUUAUUAUCGUAGAGCAAAAGAGAAAUUAUCUAAAUCUCAGCAAUUUAUAUGAUGAAGAAGAUGAAAAAAAAAAAUCGAGUAAACGAAUAAGUUCCGCCCGCAGAAUAAAUUAACAUUUACAUAAAGAUGAAUAUUAUAUUAUCAGAAUGACAGAAUGUACAUUAUUAAGACUACCAUCAUUGCCAACACACACUCAAACACACACAGAGAGCAAAAUUCAGGCUAUAAAAUGUAUUCACGAUGGAAUUAGACGAACACAAAUGUAUUAAUAUUACUCCCGCUGAUGUAACUUAUCUCUUUGCUGCCUUAAAACUGUAAUAUACACAGCCACACCGACACACACACGUAACACACAUACAUUUGUUUCGUACACAGGCGGUUUUCCCCCUUCUUCGUGCUGAAAAACAUAGAAUUAAAUGAACCUUUUUAUUCCCCACCGUAAAAACUACUUAAUUCUAAUGCAACGCAAUAUAUUAGACGAAUAGAAUAGACGAUAAUCAAUAAUUAAUUCGUGAAUUAAUUAUGAUAGCCAAUAAAUUACUAAUUACUCUAGCGUACGUCUAUCUUGUGCCUCCGUAUUGAAAGUUUAGUGGAAAAACAAAAAAAAAAUGAUUAUUAGCGAACGCUUCCGAUUCUUUCAACGUCUUUCAAACUUAAACGACUCAAUUCGACUUGCUAACCAAAAUUUUAAUGAAUACACCCACUCAAAUACAUAUCCAGAAGAUGGUGCAAACACAUUCUAAGAGGAGAAAGUAAUGCUACGUUCAAAUUUACUAAAACAUAAAAGUGACACACAUUGAAAAACUUAUUGUUAUGAAUUUACCCAAAGAAAGAAAAAAAAACAAAGAAUUACGAAUACUAUUGAAUGUUAAACCUAACACGAUAUACAUUUUAGACGCCUGCUUUCCACCCAAAAGACAUACACAGUGCGAGGACUUAUUAAAUGUUGAAAUGAAACAUCUUGAAUUUACGUUAUUUGUUACGCUUUUUGGCUUCGAACCUUUAUGAUGCUGAUAAAGUUGCCUAGUUGUCUAGGCGCAUCGAUUGCGAAACGUUUUCAAUCAAUGCUUUUGUUUAGUGCAUACUGAAUACGUUUAAAUAUUGUGCUAAUUCGUAUUAAAUACUUCUAGAUAAUUAAAUAAACAAAAAACAAUACGAUAUCGACCAGAAUCAAUGAUCUGUGCACGCGGAUUAUUGACCAGUAUGGAUUGUAUGGGUUUUGGUGUCAUUUGGGAAGCAUACAGUCAACUAAAAUGACAAAUGACAGUUUUAUUUUAAACGUACACACAGAAUAUUCGUUAGAAUUGCUUUGAAACAUUAACGAAAACCAACUUGAAAGUAUUGUGCGCUCGGUGUUCAGAAAAGUACUAACCUAAUAUGCUCUAUCAAAGACUAAGAGAGUAACGAAAUUAUUUAAAGAAGAAUCAAAACGAUGAGGAAGAUAAAAUUGACAUAUCAUACAUAAAUGAAGAGAAAAAUGAGUAACACGUUUAGCUCGUAGGGAAAAAAUGAAUUACACGAUAAAUUAACGUAACAUACCUAAUAAAUUUAAUUAUAUUAAUAUUUAAUUAUUAAUUAUUAAAGAAUUAGAUACUAAAUACCAACAAGAAACUUGCUAAAACAGAAUUACUAAACACGAUAACAAAAAACGAGGUGAAAAAUGAAAAUAUUAAUAACAAUACACACAGAAAAAACAGAAAAAUUUGUAUUUAAUAAGUUAAUGAUAAAUAACUAAUACUAAAACAUAUCCUCGUUGCUUUCGACACCUUAUGAAUUGUAUUAUAAAACAAAUAUAUAUAGAUAGCGAUGAUUAGAGGUUAUGUUUGCAUUUUAAGAUGAGUUCCAAGAUAGCAACGAACGAAACCACGAUAGAAAUCUUAAACUACUUGUAACUGUCAGUAUUUAACUAAAUAUUUUUGGCUUUCCCAGUUCUUCCAACAAAAAAAAGUAAUAAAACGUAAUAAAAAACAAAUUAAACUAAAACAUACGAUUUGAUUACACACUUUACGAUCAUUGACAACAAAAUUACAUACUAUCCAAAGAUAAAACGCGAGUUGUGUUAUAUGCAAACUGUAUGCAACCAUAUAUACAACAUAUGAUGUAUCACGGGUUGCAUACAGUGACAUAACUCACGAAAAUGUUUCUUUUUUGCGUUGAAAACUAAAUAUUUUAUUCCCGUUUUUGUAUAUGUUUAAGUUUAACAUUGUUAAAGUUAAGUUUACGUUUAAAUUGUUACUUGUUCAAGAAGCUGUUGAGUGUAAUAACGAUUCUGUUGUUUGGCACUAAUUCGUAUUAAUAAACUAAAAUGAUGGCGAUUAUGAUGCUGACGAUGAUGAAAAUGGUUCAGGAUAGACCUAAGCGUAUUUAGAUUUAAUUAUGUAUUAAAAUUACAUACAUAAUUUUAAAGAUGCAAACUAAAUGUUAACGAUACACGAACAAUUAUAAUGAUAGGCGAGGUGAGACAAACACACACACACAAAACACACAAAAAGAAGAAGAACAAGAAAAAAAUGAAAUAAAUUUAAACACACACAGCGAAGUUGUUGCUAAUUCCGUUCUUAAUUAUAAUUACAAUUAUAAUUACUAUUACGCAUAAACUACUACAAUAUAGUGCGAUAUGAUUAGUUGAAGAAAUAUAUUUGUCUGAGAAUUAAAAAUAAACGCAAACGCUGAUAUAAAAUACAAUGAUGAAGAUGCAAAGUUCUAAAAAAGAAAAACUUGUAUUAUAAUACACAAUUACUUGUAUUCCAGUUAUUCGUUUAUUAAACAUACCGAAUAAUGAGUAAGAGUUACGCCUAAGCCUACGAGUGUAAGUGUAAGUGUACACAUUGUGAGAGGAACAAAUGAGGAGCAGAUGAGGAGGAUAAUAAGGAAAAUAAUGCGGAUGGAAGUAAAUGCCAUUCAUUUAUCGUUUUUAUAAGCCGUGGGGUUAAAUGGAACUAGAAGCCGACCGAUUCAUGUUAGGCAACUUCUUUUACAGCAAUGUAUGUGAAGUCGUGAACCUGGACGGAAUGUGAAUGAAUUUUUCCUGUGUUUUUCUUUAGUUUUAAGCGUUUAUCUCGAUAUCUAUACCUUACUUAUUCAAUAUAAACGAUUACAAUUGCAAAACAAAUAAACAAACAAAUAAUUACUAACAAUAACUACGCAUCUAUUUUGUUUUAGCGAUAUUAAUACUAAAUAUUAUGACUAAACUCUAUUAUUGCUUCGAUUCUAUAUUCCACUAUUCCUAUUGUAUUGAUAUUCUAUUUAAAUAAAACCAGAUGAAGAUGAUGGUGAUGAUGAUGAUGAUGUAAAGUGGAAGUAAUGGAAUGAGAGCGAGAAUUUCGAAUAAAUUAUGAUUCCAUUUUUCGAUUCAUAUUGAUUAUUAUUGACGAUUAACGGUAUUUAGUGUAUAAGUAAGAAUUUAAUUACAUACUAAAAUUACUAUAUAUAAAUUAUAUGAAUGACAUUUAAGACAGAGCGUGGCAGAUGAGGAACACACACACACAGAAAAACAUUAGAGUUGUUGUAGGCCAUCGGCUGUACUAAUAUUAUUAUUAUGACAAAAAAAUUGAUUGAGAAAUUUCAAAUAAAUGAAAAAUGCUUGUACAUAAAUAUACUAAUAACUAUAUACUA